UCACUUUGACCUUCUCAGGUGAACAUGAUCGUCCUCUCCAGGGACCUGGGCAUCCCCAAACCGUUUGGGCCCAUCAUCGAAGGCGAGUGUUGCUUGGAGCAGUACGUCUCCUCCUUGCUGGAGCUCCUGGGGCUGACCUGCACCUUCAUCGAUGACAUCUCCUCGUACCACAAGCUCCUGGGAGAAGUCCACUGCGGCACCAACGUCCAGCGGAAGCCGUUCGCCUUCAAGUGGUGGAACGUGGUCCCGUGAAACGGGGCGCUGCCGCUCCCCGGGAAGUCAAGAGGGGUUUCAGACACACACUUUGACCCUCUGGCCGUCUGGCUUGACCCGCGAGAGGGAGGAAUC